GGUUUAUCAAUGGUCACGUAAUCAAGACAAUGUUUAACACCACGUUGUUAUUAGCUCUUUGCACAAUCUUCUUUAUAUUAUACCUUUUGAACUCUUCUUCACCAACAAAACUUACGCAAUCUCUUACUGGUGAGAACCUGGACAGUAACUGUUCCUGCGCCUACAAAAAUGUUGUGUAUGAUUUUUGUUACCAUUUACCAAGGGACUGGGCAAUCAAAGGAAAACGCUUCAGUUGCGAAUUCUCUUCAUAUCUUGACGAACUUGGAAUGCUAUCGAAAACAAAAGUCGUUGAUAUGACGUCAGAGGAGAUGCCUAAGCCUCCAUUUGUGACCGCCAUGUCUGAAAAUCACUAUUUGGAGGGGCUCACACUGAUUGCAAACUUCCGCAGUCUCUGGCCACGUCAAGAAGUAAUUGUUUACGAUUUGGGUCUCACAUCGAAAUCAAAGAAGGAACUGCAAAAAAAGUGCCUGGUGAAAGUGCGCAGUUUUCCAUUUGAAGCUUAUCCGCAUUACGUAAAUGAUUUAACGCAGUACAGAUGGAAACCUCUUCUCAUAGCAAUGAUGUUGAAAGAGUUUGGCGCCUUAUGGUACAUGGAUACUUCUGUGCGAUGGAAAAGCGAUCGACGUGACAUCGUGUACAGUGAGAUCACCUGCCGUAACAAAGCUUGGAAAACGAGUUUCGCAAGUCAAAUUAUACUUUCAUCAGCAGCCAAAAUCCCAAAAGUCGGAGAAAAAUCGUUCUUCUCUGCUACAACAGUCACUCCAAAAUGCAGAAAGCCUGCCUUCCUGCUUCACUUUUACUCGGGCCACAGCAUUUUUGCCGUUACUCACCCAGGGAUGUACAGCUACAUUCCAACGGAUAUUGAUAAGAUCAAGGCAACUCAGAAUCUCGAUGCUAACUUCGCAUUUGUCGUUAGAACUGCAGACGCUCUUGAAAUACUGAAAUGGUAUGUCUUAUGCGCACUUGAAGAAGAUUGCAUGGCGCCUUAUAGAGCCAAGCUGAGCUGCAACUUUAAAAACGACCGUUACAUCAGUUACGCAGGUUGUCACAGGUACGACCAAUCCGCCAUCAAUCUGCUCUUGGCUAAUGCAUAUGGAUACAACGCUACAAAUUAUAUGAGCAAUAUUGGACAUGGAGCAACAAUUCAGCGUACUGCUGCAGAUGGCUUAACCGAAUUGGAUUUCUCAUGCAAGGAAAGAAUAGAAAAAAAGAAGUCUGGCACAACCGGUACAGGGCAAACUGAUAUCGCUUUAGGAAAAGUAAAGGUAUCUAUCGUUCUUACGGGGUUCGGGGCGAAACCUCAAGAAAAAGAAAAUUACACAUACGUUGGAAAAUGCCCAUAUUUAUCGUCUGAAAAGUUUAGACGCGACCAUAGUUUACAUGCUUCAACACAUUCCCGCAUCGGUGUACACUCUUGCGUGUGA